UGUGUGGUUUGGUAGUAGUGAUCUGGUCUGUGUGGAAGUACAUCUGUUCCACUCUGACCUCUGACCUCAAACUGGGGAAACUCAACAGCUUUGACUGCCUUGGCCCGGUGCUGUGUGUGCCGUCCCCUCAUGCAGACAAGGAUCCACAAUGCGAUGUCUGGCCAGUUGUUGAGUUCUGCAGCCUAUCCAUGCUGUUGGAGUGGGUGGAGAUCAUUGAACCACGCACACGGGAGCGCAUGUAUGCCAACCUGCUGACGGGCGAGUGCGUCUGGGACCCCCCGCAGGGAGUGUGCAUCAAGCGGACUGGUGAAAACCAGUGGUGGGAACUGUUUGACCCCAACACCUCCCGCUUCUACUACUACAAUGCCUCCACCCAGAGAACGGUCUGGCACAGGCCUCAAGGCUGUGACAUAAUCCCGCUGGCCAAGCUUCAGACCUUGAAGCAGCACACAGACACCGCCGCCCCGCGCUCCGCCGCUGCUGGGGAAGGGAGAGGGUCCGUGGACAACAGCCCGGGGCGUAACAGCGCGGUGAGCCGAGAAGGAAGCACGUCCUCCUCCCUUGACCAGGAGCUGGGUGAGAAGCCGGGCUGCAAAGAAGAGGCUGAGCGGACCUCCUCAUUCCGCUGGAACACGGGAACAAAGGAGCGGAUGCUCAUCAAGGUGACCGACAGAGAGCCAAGCUUUUUGGCUCAUCAGGGAAAUGGCUACUCGCCCUGUGAAUCCCCGACCCCUGGAGGGGGCGGUACCCUGAGAAAUCGCCAUUCGUCAGGAGGAAACCCCCCCUCAGAACCCAACGGCUCCCCGGCUCUCUACUCUGACCGUCGCCAGUCUCCCUAUCUGAAGCGGGCAGAGCUGGGUGGCGGUGGAACCCAGCGCCGUCCGUCCUCCGAGUCCCAGCCCCCGUCACCCCGCUACGCCUAUGAGCCCCCGCUGUAUGAGGAGCCUCCAUCAGACUAUAAGCCCCCCCCGAUCUACGAAGAGCCUCCUACUGAUAUGAACCUAUCAGACUCGUCUUCCCUCUACGGUCCAAACAAGUCGCCGUCCAGGAAGUCCCCGGGCCCCUUCUAUCAUUCCCCCAAGCAGAGCCAGUCGUCCUAUGGACAGCUGGUUCUGACCCGGCAGAAAUGUCCAGAAAAAACCCAGAGUCUGGAGUACAGUCCUGUAGGGAAGGAGUACGUCAAGCAGCUGGUGUAUGUGGAGCAGUCCUCCUCCAGUCCGCGCUUCAAGACCACCGACCGCCUGCAGCGUUACGGCAGCAACGGAGGCUUCGGGGGUCCAUAUGGGGGGUCCUAUACCCUACAGCAUAGUCAGUCUCUCAUUAGAGAUCCCCGCCAAGUCCUGGACUACCGCGGCGAUGGGGGGGAGGGAGGCCAGAGGUUUGUGUAUGAAGACUCGUUGUCAUGGACCUCCUCUUCCUCUACAGCCGGGUCGGCCGCUUUCUCUCCCACUGGAAACCGCAAACGUAAGAGCCGCAAACCAUCCCUCCCGCAGGAGUUGGGGCGCUGCGGGAAGGAGGAGCUGCCGGGGACAGGCUCAGAGGUGAUGCUGGCCCAGGCCCGGCUGGCCUGGGAGGCCCAGCAGAUGAUGAGGCAGAGGAGCAGCUGGGACUCGGGUCAGGGAGGAGGGGUCACCCAAGGCGGCGGCUCCAAAGACGGAUAUGAAAGCGAUGGAGCGGUGCCGCUGCCCCUGCCCGGGCCGGUGGUCAGAGCAUUCAGUGAGGACGAGGCCCUGGCCCAGAGCGACUGCCACCACUGGAAACGGAGCACCUUUGACCGUCUGGGCUUCCCUCAGGCCCUGCUGGAGAAGAGCCUCUCUGUUCAGACCAACCUGGCCUCCCCGGAGCCGUACCUGCACCCCUCACAGUCGGAGGACCUCGGAGCCUGUGCCCAGUUUGAAGCCAGUCGAAAUGCGAGGAACAUGAUGCCAAGUGCCAGCUGCGGCAUUUUCACAGAGUUCAGCCUGAGAAAGCCGUCAUCAGAGACUGACAUCGAGAACUGGGCAUCCAAGCACUUCAAUAAACACACACAGGGUUUGUUCAGGAGGAAAGUUUCCAUCGCCAACAUGCUGGCCUGGAGCAGCGAGCCCAUCAAGAAGCCAAUGAUUGUGACCACAGACCGCGCCGUGAAGAAGGAGGCUGUGGACAUCUUCAAACUCAUUCAGACCUUUAUGGGAGACCGUCGCUCCAAAGCGGACCCCCUGGCUCUGGCUCUGGAGGUGGUGGUCCGGGGGUGGAGUAACCAAGGUCUGCGUGAUGAGCUCUACAUCCAGCUGUGCCGUCAAACUACAGAGAACUUCAGAUACGAUAGCCUAGAGCGUGGGUGGGAGCUAAUGGCCAUCUGCCUAGCCUUCUUCCCCCCAACUCCCCGUUUCCAUGCCUACCUGGAGGGAUACAUCUACAGACACAUGGACCCGCUUAAUGACACCAAGGGAGUCGCCAUCAGCUGCUACGCUAAAUAUUGCUACAGGAAACUGAUGAAAGCUGCACUGACUGGAGCCAAGAAGGGCCUACAGAAGCCCUCCCUGGAGGAGAUCCAGCACGCCAGAAAUGCCAUUUUUAGUCCCUCUAUGUUCGGCUCUUCGUUAGAGGAGGUGAUGGCGCUACAGAAGGAGCGAUAUCCAGACCGCCAGCUGCCCUGGGUCCAGACCCGGCUCUCUGAGGAGGUUCUGGGUCUAAACGGAGACCAAACCGAAGGCAUUUUCAGGGUACCAGGAGACAUCGAUGAGGUCAACGCCCUGAAGCUGCAGGUGGAUCAGUGGAAAAUCCCCACAGGACUGGAGGACCCACACAUCCCAGCUUCUCUGCUGAAGCUCUGGUACCGCGAGCUGGAAGAGCCGCUGAUCCCCCAUGAGUUCUACGAGGAGUGCAUCAGUAGCUAUGACAACCCGGAGGCCGCCGUCAACGUAGUGCUGGGACUGCCGCACAUCAACAAGCUGGUACUCUGCUACCUCAUCCGCUUCCUGCAGGUGUUUGCCCAACCUGCCAACGUCUCCAUUACCAAGAUGGACGUCAACAACCUGGCCAUGGUCAUGGCCCCCAACUGCCUGCGCUGCCAGUCAGACGAUCCCAGGUUGAUCUUUGAGAACACCCGCAAGGAGAUGUCCUUCAUCCGGGUGCUCAUCCAACGGCUGGACACCAGCUUCAUGGACGGGAUCUUAUAGCCCCCCCCCCCAGGCCUUUAACCUGCUCCAUCACCCCCCCCACACACACAGCGCAGGACUCCAUCAUUAACUGUUGCUGCCGAGGAUUCGUGUUUACUUUGUGAGGACAGAAACAGCCUUAGUUCUAACGUGGCUGCUUUGUUUGUGUUUCUGUUGGUGCGGCUGUGAUGUCACCUACAGAAACUCUAACCUUAGACUGGAGAUGUGGGAACAUGGCGGUGCUGGGUGUGCCUUUACAUCCCAUGUAGCCACAUUCAGCUGCAGGAACCUCCUCCAUGGUUCAGAGGGGCGGGCGGCCAAACCAGUCCAUCCCACUGAGGAGCAGCAGGGCGCCACCUGCUGCUCCUCAGUGGGAUGGAUCAACCAGUGAAGCAGGAAGUGAACAUGGCCUCAUGCCUGUCCUGGACACGGACCACAGCGUGGAGGCGGUUCUAAAGGAGGUUCGGUUGGACGUCUGGGCUCUGGAUGCUCCUGUUGGGGGCAGCUUCAGGUGUUUGAGUUAAAUCCCUUUAAACGGGUUGAAAUGAUCCAUGAUCUCAUCCUCGUAACGUUUCUAGAGCUUUCUGAACCAGAACCUCAUUCUAUCUCAGCAGCUUCUAGUUUGGUCCUGAUUCUUUCAUCUCCAUGGCCUGCAGGCCGCUGUUCUGUCAGACCAGCAUAACCAUAGUCACUACGCAUCCCCAACACGUCAGACCAGCAUAACCAUAGUCUAUAGUCUAAUAUACUAUAAGUAUAUUUAGUAUGAAAAAUAGACUUUAAACUACCUCAACAGGCGUGUAUCCCUUUAGUCAUGUACAAAAAACUAUUUACUUACUUACUUUUGGUGUUUUUUGAAGUGUAUGACCUUCCCGUAUCUGACCUGAAAUAGUUUUUUAGUGCCUGACUAAAGCGAAGCGAUAUGCGCCCGCUGACGUAGUUUAAAAUGUAUUUAGUGUACUAAACUAAAGGGAUCAAUUAAAGGGAUGAACAGGGAAUGCUGACUAGCAUCCACGUAUGUAAAUCUGACGUCAUGCGUAUCGACUAUGGGUAUGCUGGUCUGAUGGGGGGGUGCUCAUCUGACCCGGCCUGCGGGGGCUGGGUUCUUCCCGGCGACUCGUUGCUGAUGCCUAUGCCUCCACGGUCGGCUUCAGGUUCUGUGGAGGAAACCUCUGAACAAACGGUGCUGUCCAUUGACUAGAACCCGUGCGCCCAGAACCGCAGACAAGCAACGAUGACAACACUGCCACCAACCCCC